AUGCCGGGCAAGGUGAACCCGGUCAUCGCGGAGUCGGUAAUACAGGUGGCCGCCCAGGUUGUCGGCAACGACGCCACCAUCACCCUGGCCGGUCAGGGCGGAUACUUUGAACUCAAUACCAUGAUGCCGGUGGCCGCCUACAACAUCCUGCAGUCUAUAUCCUUGCUGGCAGCUUCGGCCAACAACUUCGCCGAGCAAUGCGUCAAGGGAAUCGAGGCCACCGAUGUGGGCCCCGCCAUGGUAGAGAAGGGAUUAAUGCUGGGCACGGCCCUUGCUCCGGCCAUUGGCUACGAUGCCGCCGCCGCUAUUUGCUAA